GAUUUGCAUUGCAGAGCUUGCGUCUUGAAGCAAAGAACACAAGCUCAAAACUAGCGAAGCAUCAAUUUUAGGAACGCAUGAAGGCUAAGAUGAAUCGUGCUGUCGUUUGGUUUUUUUACAUCUUGGCAAUAUGUAACAGAAUUGACGGGGAAAUCUUGAAAUGGGAAAAUAAGUUUGAUGUGAUUGAAUCAUGGGAAGCUGCAAAUUUGAUAAAACAAAACGCAAAAGACCAAACAAAACUUGAGUCGAACGUUAUUGAGUUUGCUGCAUUACGUGAACAGCCCGUGAAGGAGAUACGUGAAAAAAGAGACGCUUACGGCUCAAGUGGUUCAGGUGAGAACAUGUGUAAAAGGCUAAUAGAUCUCGGUUUUAUAUUGGAUGGUUCCGGUAUCUCUGGGUUGAGCAACUUCCGUAAAAUACUUAACUUCGUAAAAAAUCUUCUCGAUUACUUUAUGAUCUCUGCUGACAAAACGCGCUUUUCCGUGAUAUCUUAUGCCUCAUCACCGACGCUAAAAAUCAGAUUCUCGGAAACGUUUGCCACCAAACAAGACCGUGAUUCGGCCAUCGACGCCAUAUCAUAUCCCGGGGGCGGAACUAACACAGGCGGCGCUUUGGACUUAGCUUACAACAGCAUGUUCCGAACAAGUAACGGGGCUCGGAGUACCUCAGAUGUUACUAAAGUGCUGAUAGUACUCACAGACGGACAAAGUCUCGACGCUGUUGAGCAGCCAGCACAGAGACUAAAGAACGACAAAGUAAUCAUAUACUCCAUUGGAGUGGGCGCUGGGGUUUCAAAUACUCAGCUUAAUAAGACCGCGUCACUUCCAUCAAAUGAGCACGUGUUUUUGUUGAAUAAUUUUGAAGUCCUCGGCUCGUUUGCAAGUGGAAUGUCAACCACUAUUUGUAAAGCACAAUCAUAUUAUCUUAUGUGUGGAUCCGAUGGCAUAACUUUAGUAAUUGGUGUACACUCAUUGGGGAAUCUUGACAUGAAUAAUGCACACCUCCUUGACACAAGCUGCAAGGCCAGCCACAAUCAAACCCAUUUGUUCAUCUCUACGAUACAAAAUCAAUGUGGGACAAUCUAUACUCAGACCCAACAAGAGAUAAUUUAUUCCAACAAAUUGACCAUAAGAAGAAAAUCCACCAGCUCGAUCAUCACCAGAGAAAAAGAGAUCAGUAUUCACUUCCACUGCACCUACAGCCGUACGGUCAACAUUAGUGGUGUUACGUUUGAGCCACCAAACCCUGUGAUUGAAGUCACAAAGGGUAGUCUUGGAAACUUUACGAUUGAGCUUGGCUCAUUUGCGAACAAUCAAUUUUCCUCGUCAACAAGUGAGAAUUAUCCCGCUUUCAAGAGUUUUGAUGAUUAUAUCAACAUACAGUACAAAGUGAAGACAGCCAACCUUGACAUUGUUAUUCGAGCCCAGUCAUGUCACGCUACACCAACAAACAAAGCUUACGAUACGCCACAAUAUCCAAUCAUCACCGACUUUUGCGACAAAGACUCGACAAUCACUCAUCUCACAUCUGGAUUGCAACAGACUCAUCAAUUCCGCAUGAAAGUUUUUCGAUUUCUGGCUGAUCAUACGUUAGUCUACAUUCACUGCACACUGCGAUUGUGUAACAGAAAUACACAGAACUCAGUGUGUACACGAAGUACCACGUGCCCUAUCAGAGCACGUCGUGACGCUGCCUCACCAGAUGCCCCAGAUGAUGGCUAUGCGGUUUCUUUUGGUCCAUUUAUGCAAAAACAGGCACCAAAAAACGGUACAAAUGGCGACGAAACCAAUCUUACAAAAAAUAAAUCAGGUCAAAGCAAAUCGUCCAGUUCAAAAAUGAUGAUUUUGUUCGUGAUGAUUGUUAUGGCGUUGUCUACUUACCAUACGUUCUUCGUAGGAUGGUAUCGGGCGUAAUUAUGUCUUACUGGUAUGAGUAACAGAUAUUCUUUCACAGACAUGGACACUGCUUGUAAAAGAAGUUAUAGUUUAUCAAUUGCACAAAAACAUUUCGUACCUAGAAGUACUAUUCAAACACAGUACCAGCUACUAUAAAUUACAAAAGCUCGUCUUUUGGUAAGAUUUAGUUCUUUAGAAAUUCUUAUCCAAUUAGAAAGUAUAAUUAACAUACUUUUCUCUACCCUGAAUGUGCUACUGUACAUAAACAAAGAUAAUCUUUACAUUGUCUUCAUACUUGUCCUAAAAACGUUUCUAGCCGAAAAUUUGAAUAAAUCAAUGUUAAAACACACUCCAAAAAA